UUUAUUCCUUUUUAUAUGCCUCCUCAUUCAUCUCACAAGCUUCAACCACUAGAUGUAGGCUGUUUUGCGCUAUUAAAACAGCUAUAUGGCCAGCAGAUCAGUGACGCUAUCCAGAACGGUGUUAAAUUCAUUAAUAAAGUUAAUUUUUUAUAUCAUUAUCAGUGUGUACGCCAUAGAGCUUUCUCUACAGCAAAUAUUCUCAGCAGCUUUAGAGUAGCCGGUCUUAUUCCAUACAAUCCAGAAAGAGUGCUUUUAAAGCUUCAAAUCAAGCCAAAAACGCUAACACCA